AUGCUCUAUUCCACCUUCUUCGUUGCUGCUCUCGCGGCCAUCUCUUCCGUCUCUGCCAUGCCGGCUGAGGCGGCUGACCGUGACCGCGACCGUGAUCGCGAUCGCUACGACCUCUUCCGCCGCGGCGAAUGCCGCAGCGAGAGAGAUGAGCUCUACUGCGGUAGAGGCAUCAACCAGUACUCUCGCUAUGAUGAGGGCAGCCGCUACUGCCGCAGAGACCGCGUGAACAGAGUCUUCUGCGCCUACCGCGAGCAGCGAGAGUUCGUGAGGCAGAUUGCCGAGGAGUGGCGUCGCAUCGAGGAGUGCGAGUUGGACGAGUACUGGGAUAUCAGCAGGCGCCGAUGUGAAUGCUACCGAAGACGGGAUAGGGAUGGCGACCGUGACCGCGAGUGCCGCCGCCGCCGCGGAGAGCUUGAGGGUGACCGCGACCGUGACGGCGACCGUGACGACGACCGCCGUGGUGACCGGGAUGGCGACCGCGGCGACCGCGAUCGCGAUGAUGAUCGUGUUCGCGAGCGAGAUGCCCCCAACUGCAAGAACGGAGACAUUGCCUUCUGCGCUGCCAACGAGGAUCAGAUCGUUACCUUUGAGCGCCAGAACAUUCUCUGCACCAGGGGCCGUGGCAACUAUGUCUUCUGCGCCAGCCCUGAGCGCGACCGUGCUCGUGAGAAGGCCAGAGACCACUUCCGCAAGGAGCGCAAGACUGCCUAG